UAUUUUUAGAUUUUUAAAAAUUUAUCUCCUAUUUAUUUUUAUUUAAAUCAAAUAAAACAAUCAAAAAAUUAAAAAUAAAUAGUUGAUAAAAUUUUAAAAAUCUAAAAAUAUUAGUGAAAAUAGUAGAACUCGGAAUCUUUCAUUUGGAUGUAGUACCAUUCAUAAAAAAUGUGCGAAACUCGAUAUAUAAUACUUUCAAAAUUUGACUAACGAUAGAGAGUGAUAUUUUUGAUACAAAUUUUUCUAAUGUGUGUCUCAUUUGAGUCAAUUUGGGAAUCAGUGACCCAAUUGAUACAUUUGGACGAAACGAGUGACCUACUUGAUAUUUAUCCCUUUUCCAAACAUUAUAAGUUACUAAUAACUUGGCAGUGGAAGUUGCGAUGAGUAGUGGGCCACUGAGAAGCUUGAGUUCAGAACUCAUUUGUAUUUCAUCUAGGAUCCCCACCCCCUGAUUCAUAAGUUUAAAGUAACUACUUCAUACUUGAGAAUGUCUACUGAUAUCGAUCAAUGGCUACGUGUGAUAUCAAGGAAUGAUAUUGAAGAGUUAAUUCUUGGCGGUAAUUGGAUCUGUAUCAAUAGCAUUCCCACGCCUUCUCAUUUAUUUUCUUGUCAAGGACUGACAAGAUUGAAGCUUUGCAAGUUUGUGGUGAAGCCGCCUCUGAAAUUUCAAGGUUUUCCAUGUCUGAAGUACCUUAACCUAAUUCAUUGUACAGUUUCUCGUGAGAUUAUUGAAAACCUUAUUUCAAUUUGCCCUCUUCUUGAGGAAUUUAAAUUUCGAAAUAUGGAUGAACUAGUUUUAUCCGUCCGUGCCCCAAAUAUGAAGCAUCUUAUUUUGGAUGGAAACUUCAGAGACGUAUAUCUUGAGUAUAUCCCAAUUCUGGUUUCUCUAAGCAUAAUCUUCUUCAAGACUUGGGAAGAUGACAUCCUUGUAAAAGUUCCACUUACGUAUGACUCUGUGAAGUUUAUCGAACUUGGAGGAAUAAAUUUUGAAGACAUGAAUGCAGUUUUAUAUGCUCUUAACUUGAUUUUGAAGUCCCCUAAUAUAGAAGAACUUCAAAUCUCAGAGGCCAGAAAAAAUGUUCAUCGUAAAGCUGCUGGUUUGAAUUUUUGGGAGAAACAAUGCCCUUCUGAUUUCACAUUUAAGCACCUUAAAGUAGUAAAAAUGACGGAGGUGUCUAGAGAACAUGAAAUAGAAUUCCUCAAAUUGGUGCUUGGACGUUCUCCAGUGCUUCAGAUGAUGAAUGUUUCACCUCCUUAUAAUUGCCGCGGACUAAUGAGUAUAGUGAAUGAAGUGCUGAGUCUUGGAAAAGCUUUUCCAAAUGUUGAAAUUAAAUUUUUGGACCCCCAGUGAAGUGAUUCCUGUAACUAUGUUUUUCUUUUCUUA